AUGUCAGAUAUGGAUAUUGUAGAAGUUGACGACGAGAAUCAAUUCCACGGCAAUAAAAAUGAAAAUCUUAAAUUAAGUUCUCAAUCAGAAGCUAGGAACGGAGGAAAAUCGGAGAGUAUUCGUCGAAUGGUGGACAUAACCCGCGACAAACCAAUUAAAGUUUCCAUCAGGGUAGCUGUACCUGUAAGAGACCAUCCAAAGUUUAAUUUUGUGGGAAAACUAUUGGGACCAAAAGGCAACUCAUUGAAGAGAUUACAGGAAGACACCAUAACGAAAAUGGCAAUACUUGGACGUGGAUCUAUGCGUGAUCGGAACAAGGAAGAAAAGUUGAGGAAUUCGGGAGAUCCGAAAUUUUCUCAUCUCAAAGAUGACCUUCAUGUUGAAAUAACAGCCUUUGCUCCUCCAGCAGAAGCACAUGCCCGUAUUGCAUAUGCGUUAACAGAAGUCCGAAGAUUUUUAGUACCGGAUUACAACGAUGAAAUACGACAAGAGCAAAUGUGGGAAAUGCAAAUAUUGCAGAAGGGAUCGGGGGACGCGACCGAUUCGGAAACCGGCGAGAGCGGAUCUUCAUCUCAUUCCGUGGACGAUAAUCGCCAAAAUUACAGCGCCGUUCAUUCAGCCGGAGAGUGUUCGCCGGUGCAUACCAAACACAGCAACGUCAACACCAAUCAAACAAUAAUUAACGGAUCAGAAAAACACGUGACUCCGAUCAAUUCAAACGGGUUAACGGAAACUCCAGGAAGGAAACGUCCUCUGCUGUCUGGAGAAUGUGCCAAAGUAUCAAUGACUCCAUCAAAGAGAACAGUAAUGGCAAUUCUGGCUAGAGCUAGAACUGCGCAAGUACACGUCAAAGACAUGGUCACAUUUUCGCCACAUUUUAAUGGACUCGUUCAGACAGAUGUAUCCACAUACAGAGAAAAGCCUUUUAUCCCCACAACCAAUCUACUUUUGAACUAA